AUGACCAACUCAGCAGCCACCCAGGUACACAACCAGGAAUUUGAACUGGGAAAACCCAACAACUAUCCCAUCUAUGACCUGCUGGAGUGUGUGAAGGCACUGGUCCUGUGUAACUAUGGCCUACAUGACUUGCAGCAACAGCAGGAUUUCUGGGUGACAGGGCAGACUGAGUCUUUCAAUCUGGACAUGGCUCCCGAUGCAUUUGAUGAUCAGUAUGAGGGCUGUGUCCAGGAAAUGGAGAAAAAAGCACCCCAAUUGUUAGAAGAAGACUUCAACAUGAAUAAGGAAUUAAAAUUUGCAUGGGAAAUGGCAGAGGACAAAUGGAAGGAGGUAAAACACAAAAUGACCUAUCUGAAAGGUUUCAGUGAUUAUCAUGGAACAGCUGUAGUGAUGUACACGGGAGGUAUCUACAAAAAGUUUAAUAAAGCUGUUAGAGAUUUCAAGAAAGAUCCCAGUAACUUUCCUUACAAGGCCUUCCAUUACUAUUUAACAAGAGCUCUUCAGCUUCUGAAUAACAACAAAUGUUACACAGUUUACCGAGGCACCAACAACAAAUUUCAUUACAGUGGAACGGGCUUUGUGCGGUUUGGACACUUUGCUUCCUCAUCUUUAAAUAAGAACAUAGCUUCUUCUAAUUUUGGUAGUGCUAGUGGGACACUGUUUACCAUCAUAACCUGCUUGGGGGUUAACAUAACUGGAUUUUCCUACUUCCCUUAUGAAAAGGAGGUGUUAAUUCCAGGCUAUGAAGCAUUUAAAGCACACAAAAGCCCAGGAAGUGAAAAAACAAUGGACAAUAUUUCUCUGACCUCCCCGAAAAGAGGGAAAAGCAACUUCAAUUGCUUCUACAGCUCAGAAAUACAGCCAGCUACUGGCCUGCCAACCAAUUUCUACAAUUCCGAUAAUCUCUGA